AUGGGCCUCGUCGCAAGGGAGAUAUUUCUCGUCCGCGCUUGCAUUAUAUGCAAGGUCGCGAUAUUUGUUACCAUAGUAAGAUUCCUAUUUGACAUACUCCAGCUUAUAUUUAGCUUGCUUCCAGACCAUGAUGCAGAUGCCUUUAGGCCACCCAAGUUACUUGCCUCCCAUUUUUCUGUAGACAACAUUUUCGGGAAGCUUUUUGAUGGGCUUUCAAAAUGGGACUCUAUUUACUUUAUAUUUGUAGCAAAAUACGGUUACCUUUACGAAAAUACGAUAGCAUUUUUCCCUUUUUUUCCUUGGAUUACUAGCUGUGUUUCUCGUCCGACCCAUGCAUUGUUAAGUAACUUCAUCUCCAUAGAUGUUAUUAUCCAGGCUUCUGGAUUUUUUAUUAACUUUGUUGCGUCUAUUCUUACGUGUAUUCAACUUUAUAGACUAGGCAUUCACACGUUAGGAAAUGAAAGGCUUAGUAUGGUUUCUGUCAUUUUAUUUAUAUUAAAUCCUGCCUGUAUCUUCUUUUCAUCACUAUACUCAGAGUCGCUUUACUUAUUAUUUACUGUUUCUGGGUUACUCAGUAUUGAACGUAAGAAUGUUGCGAUGUCAACUCUCUACUUUGCUGUAGCAUGUGCCACUAGGAGCAAUGGAUUAUUAAAUUGUGGGUUUUUGAUGUACCGCCCAUUUCUUGCUUGUUCUAGACUUAUUCUGAACUUACCAUAUUUUAUAUUUGAGGAUUCCCAUAAAUCGCCUGUAGAGGCUAUACAGCAAUGCAUCUUUUGGUGGUGCAAUUUUUUAGGCAAUGUGAUUCCUUGCCUGUUGUCCUGUAUGAUUUGUAUUACUCCUUUUGUCUUAUACCAGAUAUAUUGUUACUUGCUAUAUUGCAGUUUUUAUUUGGAUCGAAAUGGGUUUUCUUGGCUUCUGCCUAGCUUCCCAGACGAGUCGCUAACUCAAUUUGCAGAAGAUAAGCAUAUGUUUCUACCUCGUUUUAUCUCGGUUGAUCGUAACGAUCAUAAUAACAGUCCGGCAUCUCCUAAAUGGUGCUCAGAAACUCUGCCAGUUCCUUAUAUGUAUGUUCAGAAAAGCAUCUGGGAUGUGGGCCCAUUUAGAUACUUUACUUUGAAACAAAUACCUAAUUUUGUUCUUGCUUGUCCAGUUAUUUUACUUGGCAUAUCAGCAGCAGUGGCCUUCUAUAAAAGAGCACCAAAAGCAUACCGAACUCUUGGUGUCAUUUCGGAAUCUCCUAGCGACAGGCGUCUGGUGCCACACGUCUUUCAUUUGCUCUUCCUUUGUGUAUAUGGCUUCACGCAUAUUCAUGUCCAGGUGCUUACUAGGAUGAUUUUUUCAUCAUGUCCUCUUAUUUACUGGUAUGGGGCGCGUCUCCUUGAUCAAGAGCCUAAAGUGACUCUUUGGGAUAAUCAAAUUUCUACGUCCUUUGGAUCUGCCUUUCGACAGCAUCGAUACUUACACUCUACCGUUAAUUGCACCAGAAAGCGCAUCGAACAACUGGGAUAUUGCUAUAAAUCAGAUUCCACAUCGAGGGACAUGGGUAAAUCUUCUCCAUCUGGUGUAUUGUGCAUACCUGACCUCCCUUACGUAACAAUUUUCUCGCCUGGUUGGGUCUCUUACACAAUAGGAUGGGUACUAUGCCUCCUUAACCCUAAAAACUACCGAUAUUGUCGCCACCGUGCUCUUAUUUCUUACUUUCUGCUUUAUGCUCUGAUCGGAUGUGCCUUACACUCAAAUUUUUUACCAUGGACUUAG